UAUAUUUUUAGCCAUAAUUUUCCUUUUUUAUCUCAUAAAAUAGUUCUAGGUCAUGUAAACACUUUUAUCGAUUCUCUAACUUGGCUAAUUAUUUUUAAUAAACAAGUAAAUUAUUGUGUAUUACAUACAUUUAUAAAUAAUGAUCUGAUGAGAUUCAUGUAGAGACAUCUGGAUGAAAGAUUUCUUACCAAGAACUGCAGUUGAUAAGAACUGCAUAUCUCUUGCACUUAUUUACGAAUAAUAAAUAAUAUUAAUGGCCAAUAUGUGACAUAAGAGUUGUUUUUUGUCCACGGACUUUAGUUGGAUUAACAAAUUAACAUUAAUAAUGUCACGCUUAUGUUGUCCUUUUAGUAACAAAGUGCUAAAUAAAUUAAUAAUUAUUUCUUCCUCACCGCUCAAUCGAGCUUCAUUAUCACGUAGUGUUAAACUUAAUGCCAUUAAAGUUUCUGGGUUUACCAAUAGUUUUAAUCAUGCCAAUUGGAGCGUUCGUAACUACUCAAACUAUACGAAUAUUCAAAAUAAAAGACCAAUUGUUGAUGAUAAUAAUAUCUUCAAGAGCAUUAUUCCGGAUGUUGAUGGUUUUCAAGGUUUAUUUUUACACCAGUGUGUUUGGAAAAAUGUCGAUAAAUGGUGGAAUAAAACUGCUUUGGUAUGCGCAGUCACUGGAAGAUCUUACACGUACGGUGAAUUAAGAAAAUUAAGCGGAAAAUUUGCAACGUCCUUGAGAAAAAAUAAUCUACGACCUGGUGAUACAGUCGCUGUAGUGCUUACUAAUGUACCAGAAUAUGCAAUAAUUGUAAUGGGGGCCAGUGAAGCUGGAGUUCGGUUAACGUUGAUAAACCCAGCAUACACUGCUAAUGAAAUGAAAAAACAAUUGGAGAAUUCGGAAGCCGUAGCUGUAAUAACAUUGACUUCAAAGUAUCCAAUUGUUGCUGAGAGUAUUAAUGGAAACUCGUCGAUUCGUUUGCCAGUGAUUGUAAUUGAAGAUGGCAUUACCUCUACCCCAAUACCGGAGGGCUGUAUAAACUUCAAAGAUUUUAUCGGAAAGGGUAUUGAAGAGUUUGAAAAAACGGGACAAAGAACCGAACAAAAUACUGAAACUGAUACAGUUAUUUUACCAUACUCCAGUGGAACUACUGGAUUACCUAAAGGCGUUGAAUUAACUCACAGAAAUAUUGUCGCAAAUAUAUUCCAAGUACGUGUUAAAGAGUUGACGACAUCUGAAGAAGCAAUUGGUGAUCAUCAAGAAGUGCUGCCUGUAUUUUUACCUCUGUAUCAUAUUUAUGGAUUAGUUAUUUGUUUGGCUAAUUAUCUUAGUCUAGGAGCGAAAAUAAUAUGCAUGCCGCAAUUUUCAUCUACAGCACUAUUGGAUGUUUUCGAAAAACAUAAAAUAACAAUACUGUAUAUUGCACCACCUAUUGUUCAAAUGUUGGCAAAUGAUGACAGAUUUACAACCCGUCAUUUGGAGAGAGUAAAAUUAAUAAUGAGCGGUGCGGCACCAACUGGCGAAGAAGUUAUUGCUAAAUUUUUAAAUCGCGCUGGUCCUCAUAUAAACUUUACCCAAGGAUACGGUCUAACAGAAACUUCCCCGGCGAUAUGUAAAAGUAAAAGGGCACCGAUUGAAUCAUCAGGAUUUUUAGUUCCAAAUACUCAAGUACGUAUUGUUGGACAUGAAGAAAAUAAUAAAGGAAAAAAUUUAGGAGUAAAUGAAACGGGAGAAAUUUUUGUACGAGGUCCGCAAGUCAUGAAAGGAUAUUUUAAAAAUCCUAAGGCUACAGCUGAUUGCAUGGAAGGCGAUUGGUUUAAGACUGGAGAUCUGGGUUCAGUUGAUGAUGAAGGACAUUUGUACAUACGAGGGCGGCUAAAAGAGUUGAUUAAAGUUCAAGGUUAUCAGGUAGCACCCGCGGAACUGGAAGAUAUUAUUCAGGGUCACGAAAAAAUAGCUGAUGCUGCAGUUAUAGGAGUGCCGCAUGAAAGAUACGGGGAAAUUCCAAAAGCUUUUAUAGUUCCAAAAACAAAUAUGAUAAUUGAUGAGCAAGAAGUAAAGGAUUACGUUGCUAAACGUGUUUCUAAAUACAAACAACUUGGUCACGUUGUUGUAAUUGAUAAAAUUCCAAAAAGUGCUGCGGGUAAAAUUUUACGUCGAGAGUUGCAGAAAUUAUGAUUUUUUUUUAAAUCAUCAUGUGGAUUUUUAAAUAUUUUUUAUUAACAAAACGAGACUAGUUUAUAGAAUUGAAAAUUAUUUACAAAUCCGUUAAUAGUUGGG